UCUGCCUCCCUGCUCUCUCGCUCAGUGCCAAGCCUGUGUGUGGAGGAGAGAGGGGUUUGCUGAAGAGUGAUGUGCUCACAUGGUGGGAACUAUCCUAUUGAUGCGCAUUGCAACUUCACAAGAGGAAUGCUGUCCACAAAUUGAAGCUAGAGGACUGCGGAACAGGAGAGGAUCUGUGAUUGGGCAUUGAGGAUUUACUUUAUGUGCUUUGGAAUUUGUUUUCAACCGAGUCGCUUUAAGAGAUCUUACUUUUAACAUCCAUUGUGUCUGCCACAGGACUAGUGUGUUUUUUUUCUUCCCAUCUCAAAUGAUUUUACUUGCAGAAUCGAGACUUCAGUUGCUUCUGAUGCAGUGCCUCCUAUGCUCCUAAACUCCCGAGCAGGAGGUGUGAGCCGAAGCGAUGCAAGUGCCCGUCAAGGACUGUGUCUUCCUGACGGUCUACUCCUUCACGUUCCUGCUGGGCCUCCCCUCCAAUCUGCUGGUGCUCUUCGUGUACUUUCGCAAGGCGCGCAAGCGGGGUGCCACGCCCAACGUGGUAUACGCACUCAACCUCUGCUUGGCUAACCUGGCACUGGUGGCCUGGCUGCCCGUCAAGGCCCUGGAGACUUUCCUCCAGGACUGGCCUCUUCCAUCGCCCCUCUGUCCUGUCUACAGCUUCUUCUUGUUCUCCUCGAUCUACGGCAGCUGCCUCUUCCUCACGGCCGUGACGGUGGGCCGCUACCUCAGCAUCGCCUUUCCCAUCAGCUACAAGCUGUACCGGCGGGGCCGCAUCUCCUGCUUCAUCAGCGCUGCCCUCUGGGCAGUGGUACUGUUGCACCUGAGUCUGGGCCUGGUGGCAGAAGGCGGGGGUGGUUUCGUGUCCACCUCCAGCCAUAAUGUGUCAGUCUGCUUUGAGAACUUCACCCAGGACCAGCUGGACCUGCUGCUGCCAUUGCGCCUGGAGAUGGCGCUCCUCCUCUUCCUAAUGCCACUGGCCAUUACCGCCUUCUGCACGCUGCGCUGCGUAGCCCUGGUGUGGCGGUCCUGCUUGCCCGUCCUGGGAAAGAGGCGCGUCCUGGCCGUGGCCCUUUCCACACUGGCUGUGUUUGUGGUUUGCUACCUGCCCUACAACGCCUCACACAUCGUGGGCUUUGUGCUGCAGGAGAACGUCCACUGGAGGACUGAGGCCAUGCUGUCCAGUGCCUGUAACGUCUUCCUGGAGCCUGUGGUCAUGCUGAUGCUCUCCCCGGCAACGCCCCGCGGCCUCAUGGGAAGGCUCUGUGGAAGGCCCAGCAGAUACAGCCGGACAGAGGGGCGCCAUUGUAGCAAAACCAUCACACGGGACCCUCUAGCUAAUGUGAGGGGAGUGGCGUCGCUGACCGACAGACAGACAGGAGCAAACAUUUCCAAGUUAAGUCAGGAAAAAUCUGCACAAACAAGACAUGUAAGACCUGUGAGUGGAAUUAAAAAAAUAAAUAGUUUAGGACAAAAUGAAGUGGAGAACUGAUGAGCUGAUGUGGAAAACACUUAGAAAUAGGACUGGUAGUGCUCAAAAUGGGCAGAGCUGAGGUUGGAACAAGUGACAGUCUAGAAAUCUGCACAAUUAUUGAUGACAAAAAUAAUAUAUUGUGUUCUCAUGAUACUGUAAGCUUUCUAUGCUCUGAAAUUAGAAAGUUCUACAUAACAAACCACAGUAUCAUGAGAACUCAUAUGAAGAACCUUUGUGGCUUAUGAACUGAGAGGCUGAAAGACAAGUGAGAUGUGGAAAAUUGACCAAAGGUUAUCUGAGAUGGGCCAGUGAUGAGUCCUCUACUGUGAUGGUCUGAUCUGGAUUGCACCACCGGCAGAUGGGGCAGGAGGACAAUUUCAACUGAGUGACUAAUUACAAUGUAGCCAUUGUUAAAAAGUUAGAUUCAUAAAAAUAGUUUGAAUGCAUUCUGGUAUAUUUUUGUUGGUUUACUGUAAGAAACUGGGUAUCUUUCUCUAUCUUAAAAAGGUAUGGUGAUAGAAAUGCCCUGUCAAUUCUGUCCAAAUAUUCUGUAGAUAAUUGAUCAAUAGGCAAGUGGUAUUAAACAGACACAUGUAAAUAGAACCAUCAUUUAUUGAUUGUUAUUUACAGUUUACACUGGGAGCUUUAAGGAGUUUACGAAGAUGAAUGUAACAUGUACUAAUUAAUUCUGAUCUGAAACAUGUCCUCAUUUUAUAUCUGACAGUCUGAGAAUCAAUACAUUUGAAAUCUCAACCAGAAACAGGUUAUGACGAUAACGAAUGUUUCUCUAAUCUCAAAAUGUGAAUUAACUGAGCAUUACAUGUUUAUAGAACCUGCUUCUCAUUGAGGAUUUGACUUUGCAAUAUUUACAUGUAAAUCACUACCUUCCUUGUGCAAGAGAAA